AGCUUUAAAAGGGCAACUCGAAACUGAUCGUAUUAUUCGCUGAAAGUUAACAAAAUAGUACCUUAAUGGAGUUAAACUGUGUGUCAAUUUUCAAAUCUUUUAACCGUUUAACCAUUGAUAUAAGUGGUGUAAAAAUAACUAAAAAACGGCUUUAAAUUGUUAAAAAAGAAAUACGCGAUUUGCGGUUUACACUGAGUCCGACUUCAGUUUUAGAAAUUGACUAAUGCUUGACAUCAAAGGGGAUAAAAUAGUUGAAUGAAAUUGAAACAGUGAGAUUGGAUAGUUAUUUCGUUAGUAGCGAGUUACGGUUAAUAAAAUGGUCAUCAAACGAUUUUACUUUCCGCACAAAACUUGCUUUCUCACUGCAAAUGAGUUUUAAAAAUGCAUAUAUUACUCAAUAAUUAGCCUUGAUAUAUUACAUAAAAGAAAUUUAAAUUCUUUUGACGUGUAUAAUAUUUCCUUUUAUGUUUCAAUACUUUUUAGAACUGAACUCAUAACGGGAAAAGGAUACUGACGGCAGUUGUUCAAAAUAUUUCGUCAAGAUCAGUUCAAAAUUUUUCGUCAACAUUGGUUGAAGCAAUAAACUUGGAGCUUACCGAAACGUUAUAUUAGAACCUUGCUUAUUAUCAAGCUAUAACGUAUGAAUAACGAAUAUAACGAGGGAUAAAGUUCUAACGAUUAUUUGGUGAUUAAUUAAUUAAAUCAAAUAACAAGUGUGUAAAGGAUAAAACAAAACGUCUUCCAGAAACACGUCAGAGGAGCGCAAAAAACGAAACAUUAAUUGCUUGUGUUUCAAACACAACUAAGGAAAACACAUACUAUCACAAGUCAAGUGUUCUGAAAGCCAAAAUUGCGGCUAACAAACAUAGAAAGAGCCCAAAGGAUUAUAUACUAAGAGUGGCUAAGUUGGCGCCCAGAAUCAGAAGCUCAGCAGUGGACCAGAUUACUGUUCCAAUUACGCCGACCACGUGUAUAAAUGGUUCCGACCGGUACCGGAAGCGAGGCUACCGGAAGUCAGUUGGAACUGCUGGGAACAUGAGUGCUCUCCACUGGUGUCUGCUAUUGCUGCUCCUACAAACGGCCGCCGCCAAAAAACGGCGACACAAGGGGACACAGUGGUGGUCCCUAGCACAGACGGGCGAACCAUCGAAUGACCUGUACUCACCCACUGCGCAGGCGCACAUCUACUCAUCCCCAACUCUACUUCCUCUCACCAAGAAACAGCGCCGCCUGGUGACGAAGAACCCUGGUACGAUCGUAGCGGUGGCAAAAGGCGCCCGAAUGGCGGUCGACGAAUGUCGAUACCAAUUUCAGGACCGGAGAUGGAACUGCCCGACCCACAAGAACGGCCAUGGCGGCGCAAUAUUCGGGAAAAUAAUUGACAAAGGUUGCAGAGAGACAUCAUUUAUUUACGCAAUAACCAGCGCCGCCGUCGCGCAUUCUGUUGCCCGCGCAUGCGCGGACGGAAGUAUAUACACUUGCACGUGCAAUUAUAACUUACGUCAACCGAACGGCGUGGACUGGGAGUGGGGCGGCUGUAGUGACAAUGUGAACUUUGGGAAAAAGUUUUCCCGCAAAUUUGUGGAUGUGGUGGAAAAGGGGCGAGACUUUAAAUUCAUGAUGAAUCUGCAUAAUAACGAGGCCGGACGACGGCACGUCAAGCGAGAGAUGGUUCGCGACUGCAAGUGCCACGGGAUGUCCGGGAGUUGCACGAUAAAAACGUGCUGGAUGCGGCUGCCCUCUUUUCGGAAGGUUGGCGAUAUCCUGAAGGACAGGUUCGAUGGAGCCUCCAGGGUUAACUUAGGAAACGAAGGAAGCGCAGACGAUGAAGGGAAUAACAACGGAGGUCGGCGAGACCGCAAAAAGCUGCGCCUGGAGCCAGUGAACCCUAACCUCAAACGGCCGGACAAACGGGACCUCGUCUAUUUUGACGAGUCCCCGAACUUUUGUGAUAACAACGAAGAGAUCGGGUUUCCCGGGACUUCCGGGCGUGAGUGCAAUGCGUCUUCGAUAGGUAUAGAUGGGUGUGACCUACUUUGUUGCGGGCGUGGCCACAAGUCCGAAUCGUACACCGUGAAAGAACGAUGUAGCUGUACGUUCCACUGGUGUUGUGAAGUGAAGUGUAAAGUGUGUACACGAACUAAAAUUAGAAACACGUGUUUGUGACAUCCAUUUGGAAUAUAGACACGUGUUUUGACAUCCGUAUGGAAUAAAGAUAAGUACGUGUGGCAUCCGAAUGGAAUGUAUACACGUUCUUGGGACAUCGGUAUGAUAUUUAGACAGGUGCUUGUGAAAUCCGUAUGGAAUAUAGACACGUGUUUUGACAUCCGUAUAUAGAAUAAAGAUAAGUCCAAGAGGCACCGUAUAGAAUGUAUAUACGUUCUUUGGACAUCAGUAUGAUAUAUAGACAGGUGCUUGUGAAAUCCGUUUUGAAUAUAGACACAUGCUUUUGACAUCCAUGUGAAAUAUAGACACGUGGUUGUAAAAUCCAUAUGGAAAAGAGCAAGUGCUACUUAAAGUGUAGUGCUAUAUAUAGUUUAGGUUGUGAAACGCAAAUGGGUUCAACAGUUCCUUUCGCAUUAUUUAAUUCACGUCGAAAAGACGUUCAAUAUUACCGAGUUUGUACAUAAAUCGAUUACUGUUUUUCUGUGUAUUCUAUAAUAGAUCGCAAUAUAAUUUUUGAAAACAAUGUGACUUAUUUCAAAAUAUAUAUUGUUUAAAUAUAACUUUGUUUUUGUGUAACAUAGCGUUACACAAAUGCAUGUAUGCAUAUCACGUGUGUAUAUAACUUACAUGUUUGUAUGUUGCAGAUUAUCUUAAUUUGCGAGGUCCUUUUUCGCGAUAUUUUUGUUUCAAUACUUUACGGGAGCUGAAGUUUUCGCGAAUCGUCGACUUCUUAAGUAGAGUUUAUUUUGCGACGUCAAAUCUAUUUUAUUGACGUCACAUUUCACACAUAAAAUAACAAUUGAACAUUUCCGAACGGAGUGUUAAUUCUUCUUUUCAUCAGUUUAUAUUUUAAAACAACCUUAGUUAGAUUUUUCAAAGACUGCUUAGUAAAACAAUGUUAAUACUCACUGGUUUUCCAAAAAAAAGGAUUAAACCGUCACAAAAUUUCUUUCUACAAAUCGAAGUUUUAAAUUUUUGUUCUUAUGGAAUCGCUUUUUUGAAAAAUGCAAACUUCUAACAAUCUUCAGUAAAACAUGUUAUUUUACUUUUUGCACAAAGUAUAAUUUAAAAUGGGAUAAAUGCCAGUAUUUAUAUUUUAAUGCUCGCUGAACAGAAUGUUCUUGUCCAUGUACAGGCUUUGUUCAUGUACACAUAUUGUCCAUGUACGAAUAUUGUCCAUGUACACAUUUUCUAACAGUACACAGAUAGUCCAUGCACACAUAUUGCCAAUGUACACAAUUCUUUUGUGUAAAACAGAUUGCUAAACGCACUGUUUUUGUCCACUGUUAGUUAACUAGUGUGUUCAUAAAAUCCGUUUCUUCUUCUUUUUUUACAAUUCUUGUCCUUUCGUUUUAUAAAAAGUAUAGGUGUUUUAGAGAUGUAUUUUGUUUACCAGACUGAAAUUAUGUCUGUUAAAUUAAAGAAGUACAUUUUGGACAAUAAUGCCAUAAAGAAAUCACUUCAUUUACCUGCAAUAAUAAUAAAAUGGAAACUACAGGGACAAGCCAGAUAACCAGAACAAUAGACGAAAAUACGUCUGCUUCAAAGGAUUUAGGAAUAUGAGCCCUGCUUGCAUUUGAGGUCACAUCAAACAUGUUCAUGUUGUUAAGCUGAUUAAAUUUCUUUAAAUGAAUUUAACUCUUUCCACUAUCAUAUAAUAUUGUUGACGUUGAUAUAAAUAUUAUGGCCAUCUUAUUAACGAGUGAACGACAAAAAAGCGUAAUAUCACGACUUUCAAUCGAAUUCUACAGAAUCCUUUUAGGGCCAUCGCGAUCCCACCCCUCGCCUAUCAUCCGUAUUUGAAUGUUCCUAUUUGUUGUUGUAUAUAUUAUGUUUUUAAUUUAUUCAUUCUGUUACUGUUGGUCGACUCUAUGUACAUAGUUUUAAUACACGAUUGUAUGUAUCUCAUAUUUUGUAAGCUGUAUAGUCAUAAUGCAUAUGAAAAUCAUCAUCAUCAUCAGCUAUCUAUUCUUUAAAGUCGCGUCCCUGAAGUUACUCUUUCUGAUUUAAAACUUUCUCAAUGCAAUUGCAUUAUCAAUGUCUGAAUAAAAAUCAAUUAUCCUAUUAUAUAUUAUUCUUUGCUUCAAAUUCAAUAUUUUUUUCAUGUAUUAACACAUUAAAUAAUAGUGUUAAAACAGUUUGAGUAAGAUAUAUGCGUUCAAUAGAGUAAGUAUACAAAUUUGUAAUUCAAAUAUUGAUUGCAAUUACUAACAUGUUUUCCUCUUUUUAAGACAGUUUAAAGAUUGGUAAUAAUAUAAAGUUUGAAAAACACACAAAAAGCUACCACUAUAAUCACAGCCUUUUAAAAUGGAACAUGCUUCCAUUGAUUCAUUGUUUUGUUUCCAAAUAUCUCUGAAAUUUACUAUAACAACCUAUAUUCAGCUUUAUUCUCAUGUUUAUAAAUCAAUGUCUAUUUCUAAUUUCAUUUUAUAUCAACUGAAAUGAUGCAAAGUGGUAUAUGUAUGUAUGGGGAUAUUAAUUUCCUUUAGUGAUAGUUUAAGACCAUUUCGUAGAGCCUUUAAAGUUAUACAUGUAAAUCAUGUUCAUGCAUCGUGAUAUACAAAGU